AUGCGAGAAAAUGGAAUGGAAUACGACUCUGAUCUUUUAACGCUAUCUGUGAUUGGUUACUGUGGCACUUGCCAACUUCUCACAUCUAGAGUCGGGAAGUCAACCUUGAUAGACCAAUACAUUAACUCAACUUCCCGGAUAGAUGAUCAUAGCUCAAUAAUUAGUUACUCUGAUUUCAACGGAGAUGUCAUUUGCGGUGAUCAUUGGUUGUUUUGGGGCGAAAAAUGGCCCCUACGCAUAAUGGAGCAAUGCGAAUUUGUCGAUGAUCACCUCUUUCAACCCAUCCAUAGCACAAUUUCCUACAUAGACCGAUGCCUAGAAACUAAAUAUGUUGUUUCAAUUCCAAAAUUAAGAUACUAUUGCAAGACACAGCUUGGUGUCGAAGAUUCUUUUCCCAAACAUUAUCUAAAGCCUGGGAUUUACCCUAUCGACGUAUUUAUGUGUGUUUAUGAUACCACGCUCUCUCAGCAAGCAGCAUUGGAUCAAGGAAAAUUUAUUGAGCAAGUUCUCUACAAGAUAUCGAGAUCUAAAUUGAACUUGCCUCUUGUUCUGGUCACGUCCAAGCAUGAUUCUCAGCCAUCACCCAUUGCUCUUCAGUUGCUUUCUUCAGCACUAAAAAAGUUGAAAAAGAGGUGGAUUCGAACCUACUUUUCACAACUUGAAGUUUCAAGCAGACAGCAUAUCAAUGUUGACAGUGCUUUUCAAGUAGCUGCCCAACUUGCGUGCGCUAUAAGAAGAGGCGAAAAAUCGGACUAUUGUGGCAAAAACAUAUCCUACAGAAAAUUCAAUUCACGCAGUGAAACCGCCCAGUCCAGGUAUAUAUAA